AUGCCUCCAUCAAGCUGGCAUUCAUUUGCAAAAGUCAACUCGUCAAUUUCUGGUGUGGUGUUGACUCCAUUUCAAAUCAAAUAUAACUAUCUGCGUUAUAACUCGAUGCUCGAUAUAGCUCAGUGGGACACCGCACAGCGAGCAACAGCGAUUUCUGAAGUGACUAUUGCGGCCAGCGCUCUGCUACGAGCUGCUGCUGAUCAUGUAGUGUUGGAUGCCGACACCAAGUCGAAACUGCAGAUCGAUAAGGGAAUUUGUAUCCAACCUUUUCGAGUGCUUCUUUGA